AUGCCUCCUAAACGCGAUUUUAGGUCGAAAAAAAGUUUGAAUGUAGUUACUUUUAAAGGAGGAAAAGCUAUAAGAAAGUCGAAGGUUAGUGUUCCAGUUCGAUUUGCCGCCCAGCAAUUAACUGAUACAACAUCUGUAGUCGCCGGAUCUUCUCUAAACACGUGCGGCGGUUUUUCUUCAGACCAAGAAGACCUUCCCCAUAUUGACGAACAUCAUGGUUUGAGAACCAACCAAAGAUCUAAAAGUAAAAAAGUGCGACUGAAGCGCAAGUUAAAAGCUUACCAUGAGAGGAAAGCCACGCUGGCUUUGUCUUGGCUCAAUGCGAGAGAGCAGCUCGUCUCAGCGCUGUUGACCAGACAGGCUUUGCCUUUGGGGCAGAUGUGUGUCAUUCCUUUUUGCGAAGAAGAGGCGUGCGGCAGAUGCCUUCACUGCAGUCCAGGGCAAUUCCUAUGCGCAGAUCACAUCAAUUUAGUUCACGCAGGCGGUAGAUCACUUCACCACCCGGAAGUUUGGAAAGAUGGAAGAUUUGUGCCAUAUCAGUUUGGUGAGUGUGUAUGGACCACACCUCACAACAUGGAUCAUGGAUAUGUGCGUGACAUUAUAGCUGUUGGUUUGCAUGGGCAGCAGAAUCCCAUCAAAAUCAAAUGUUGCGAGCAUGAACCAGAAGCCAUAACGCUGGUCAGGAAUGGUUUCUGGCCAUCUACUCCAAAACAGCCCCAGGUAGCCUUUGACCUUGAAUUUAUGGCCUUGCUCCAAUACAUUUUCUUAGAAUGUAGAGUGUCUUUAAGGUCAAUAUGUCAGGCACUGCAGUGGCUGGUCCCACCUGCUUCAAAGGUUUAUAUUAAGGACAUCUACCGGCUCCUUGUUGGAGAUUGUUUCUGUGAGUUCCGGUAUAUGUCUAGCAUGUUGAGUAACCUGAAGCAUUUCAAUCCUUCGUAUGAGAAUGAACAUGAAUGUCCUGCAUGUCCUAAGGAGAAGGGAAGUUUAUUUAUCUCUGUUGAUGCAUUGUUUGGAUGUGUCCGCAAAUGCAGCGCUGGAACUAGUGGAAAGUCCUCAAAUCAUGGAGAGGAACUGUUCAUUAGCCAAGAAAAAGUAGAUGCAUUUUUAGCUAAUUACAGCAAAAGACCCAGCAGCAAGUCAAUGGAGCAGUGUAAUCAGUUUCAAGCUGGCUCCAAUCUCCGUUCCAAAAACAAAUCCACAAAGCUCGAUGAGACGGCCCUCUUUGGUGGAGGCUGCAAGCACGAAGUGCCAUUGAAGUUUUUCAGCUUAAAGAGAGGAGAAGAGAUUGGAAAUGCUGUGUAUUUGCUAAAAUGGAUUAAAAAUAAUGUGCAAGAUAAAGCUAUCAACAUUCACUUCUUCUAUGAUAUUGCAUGUGUGCUGGAUACACAUUUGAGAAAUACGCACCAGGAAACAUUGCUUGAAAAUGUUACUCUUGCGAUACCUGCAUUUCACUGCUAUGGACACAAAGUUUCUUGUCAGGUCAACUACAGCGGAAGACGGCUGGAAGGGUUCGGGAUGAGUGAUGGCGAGGUGAUGGAGAGACUGUGGUCUUACUUGAGGCCAACAGCAAAAAUAACGAAGGAAAUGACUCCAGCCCACCGAGUUGAUACAUUAACUGACUUCUUGAUGCAUUACGCUAAAAAGUCAAUUUCGAACCUUGGAGAACGACUUCGUGACCAUUUAAAGAAAGCAGUGGAAACGGAGAAAGAAACUGAAGAGCAACUCAAUUUGCUUCUUGAGAAGUUGAAUGAGACAGGUAUUAAGGUGGACGUAUCCAACGUCUCAGAGUGGAGCAUGAUGGAGAAAUCUACGGCUAACAAAGCGGCCAGUACAGGAAGACCCAGUUCAUCACCAGAUGAUUACCCGGACAAGUUGAGGCAGUUUUUCUGUGUAAGAACAAACCUGCAAAAAUGUUCCCCGGCAUCUGAAACUUGGAAAGUACUGACCGAUCAGCUUGACAGGUUGGAUCAACAGCUAAAGAACCUUGAGGGCGGCCAACCCCGAUGGUCUCCUGACAGUAGCAUGUAUAUUGCAUACCUCCGCGAUUUGCAAGACAAGCGUCGAGAAGACUUGCUAUUAUCCAUACAUGUCAAGUGCUCAGAAAGGUGGUUUCUCUUACAACUGAUGAAGAAAUAUGCAGAUGGACAAGCCAUUGCAAAACGGCUUUGUACGCAAAUUACAAAGGCAACGGGAGCCAUUAAACAGCUUGUCAAGGAGUACACAAGACAAAACGUUGACACGGUGGGUUGUAAAUACCCCUCCACAAUUGCGGUUGAAGACGCGCUAAGCAUCGACAGUCCACUGUGGCGUGUACUAAACGAUGACAUCCAACCGCAGUCUGCUGUUCCCUAUUGUUUAAAGAGGCAACUCAUUGAUUUGUUUCACACACGCAAAAGAUGCUUAGAGGAAAUAGCCAACACCAAAGAAGAAAUGGCUCGGAUGUUCAGUCAUUUCGAGGGAAAGUUGAAGGUAUUGGACACUUGGUCAAAGGAACUGAUGGCACAGAAAGAUACGGAGCGAGCUCGCGCAUUACUCUCCAUUGCCCGCACUAAAAUGGAUGAGCUUUCCGUAUUCACAGGUCAUCUCCACGGUCUCUUUUCUAAUGAUGAUGAUAGCCAUGAGGAAUGUGAAGCUCAGUUUGACCUUGGAAUUUUCCCCGAAGUGGAUUGUGAUGAUGCCGAUGAGGAGGUUCAGAUGGAGGACGAUUACAACACUGAUGAAGCUGACGUGGUUCAACAGCUUGGCCAAAGUGAAGUCUUUGAGGACCUGCGUUCCGUUCUCAAUGCUGAAUACGGAAGUGACAGUGAAUCUGAUUCAGAUAGUUCAGAUUUAAACACAGAAAUAUCUUGAUUAUAACUUGUGAGUCGUUUCAACUGCCUGUUCCUUUUCCUCUUUCACUCAAGAAUGUAAAUCUACGAACAAGUGUUACCAAUCAGCUAAAAAAAUUAAGCUCACUGUCAACUAGUCAGUCACUUUAUACGACAAAUAACAGCUGUCCUCUACGAAUUAAUUCAAUCUUGUUUUAUCGACUUUGGCUCCUUGACGUAUC